AGAUCCUCUUUUUGGUUCGGAUCUGUCCCAGUCGGCCGCACGCAAUCGUUCGCUGGCUGGCAUGGGUUUGACUGUUCCUCAGGUGCUGUCACGUGUGGAGGAGCUCCUGCAGCAGCUUAAGGCAGAAGCGGAGGCAGAGGCAUAUCACCUUUCUCCGGAGCAUCCCCCAUGGCACACCGCAGAGACUGCGCCUUUCGCGCCCAAUGGCAGGUGCCCUACGUUGCCGGGCAACCUGAGCCUCACCGAGGUCUGUUCGCCGGUCGAAAGCAUCGACGAGCCCGAUGAGCGCUUCGACCGGCGGAACAACACACGCGCGAGGAGCAUGCCCAGCACCUCGCCAAGCAGCGCCUUGAAGAUGGAACAGGUUUGCACGCAGAACACGGAGGCCGACGGGGCCUUCCCGCCACACCCCCGGCUUCUUGAGCUCUUCCACGAGGCGAGGUUGGGCAUGCCGCUGCGGAAGAUGUUCUCGCAGCAGGGCUCCACCUUUGGGCUCGUGGUGGAUUCCUGGCGCACCUGGCGCGUCAGCCCCUGGGAGGAGGCCACGGGGUGGUGCGCGAGUUUCAUGAUCCUUGCGGAGCUGUUGCUCAUGCCCCUGGGCGCCUUCUCUCCCUUACUGGACCACCUGCUUAGCGUGGUUCUGAUGUGCUUCUGGUGCCUGAACCUCCUGAUCUUUCUCUGCCGCUCCAGGUGUCGCCUGGCUGGAGCGCAGCUUGGAUGGCUCAUCCUCGAGGUGAUGGGUCUUGCCAUACUGGUGAUCAACGUUGCCUCCGGCCUUUAUGGCCGUGUGCUGCUACGAGGCCUGCAGGCCCUGCGUGCGUUGCUGCUGCCCAAGUAUCUGCGAAAGCUCACCGUGACCAGGUGGGUGAAGGCGUCGCUCUGCCAAUGCAGCCGAGAGGUGUGCGCGAUCUGGAACAUCCUGCUGCUGCUGGCGGGGGGGCUGCUCUGCAUCCACUGGCUGACGGCCUUGUGGUACUCCUUGGGCACUCGCCCGCGCGGCUGGGCGGCGGACGACCUGGAGUCCUUCUCGAUGCUGAAGAAGUACGAGGCUGCGCUGGAGUUUGGGCUCAGCCGGCUCCAUCCCAGUCGACUCCCGCACAACUUGCAGCUGAAGACCCAGCCGGAGAAGAUUCUGGCAGUAUUUGCCACUUUCGCCGCGCUGGUCUUAGGGGGCAUCUUCACUUCUUUGGUCACCAACGACAUUUCGGAUAUCCGCCGGAAGCAGCGCGUCAAGCAGGAGGCAGAGCAACAGGUGCACGAGUUUCUGCUGGCCUACCCGGUGCCUCUCCGCCUGGAGGCGGUCCUUACUAAAUACCUGGCCAAGUUGAACUCGAGGCAACGUGCUGUGAGCAAAAACCAGGUUGCGAGUCACUUCCCGGCCUUCUUGUUCCAAGAGCUGUGCCGAGAGGCCUUCACUCCCCUCCUCUCGAAGCAUAAAUUCUUCUUCUGGUUGGGUGAGUUCUUCACCGCUUUUAGCAAGGACCUUUGCGCAGCGCUCCAGGAUCGGCACAUGGUGCCCCAGGAGUUGCUCUUUGCUGCGGGCUCCUCCUGCGGUGCCAUGGUUUGGGUUGCCCACGGCCAGGUGAAGUACUCCACUACAAACAACGACUUCGUCUCCGAGGACUUCAACGGAUUCUCGCUGCUUCCGAAAAAGGGCAGGGCCACGCCCGUCUCCUACCCGGACCACGUGAAAAUGUUGAACGUGGGAGACUGGAUGUGCGAAGCCUGCUUGUGGACACCUUGGCAGUACCAGGGCCAGGCCGUCGCAGCAGGCGGCACUCUCCUUUGCCUGGACCACGAGACGGUGGUUUCCCUCGCCUUCAAACACAUGGAGGUGACCUCAGACAUUGCCGGCUACGCGAGGCAUUUCCUCGAGGCGCUGCAGAAGGAUCCUUCAGACUUCACCUCUGUGAGCUAUGAGCCCGCAGGCGUGAGGUGAAGGCACUCCGCGGAUUGACUCAGGACCUCGAUGGUGGACGGACAAUCAUUCUCCAGCCGACACCCCUCCCAUGCAGGGUUCGAAUGCUUGUUGUCUUUUUCACGCUCCUGGUGGAGUCCGUGUGUUGGGCGAAGGGACAAGGAUAUUGGGGACAC